AACCACACAUUUUAUGCCACAUUUUCUUAAUCUGUUUUCAUUGCGUUUUUUUCUGUGCGGUCUAAAAAGUUUUGAAAGAAAAACAAAUUUUAAUCUCUAGGCAAGGAAGUUUCAACGUUGUUGGAAUGUUUUUUUUUUUCUUCAUUCUAACCACCCUUUAUCUUCAAAUGGGUUAUUCUUCUUUUUCUUAUUCAUGCGUUAAAAAAUUCACAUAAUCAUAAGCUAUCAUCAUUUUUUUUUUGAGUAUGUUUAUUCAAUAAUUGAAUAAAGAAACAACGUUAAACUAAUAGAAAAAUUAAAAUGGCAUCAUCAGAAGUUGAAAUUGCUUCUUUUAAUUUAUCACAAAAUCAGAAAACUCAAAAACCAACAUGGGUUUCAAGAGUUGCUAAAAACAAUAACAACCUUGGAACUCUAAAGUUCAACAAAAGAUUUCAUAAUGUGUUUAGUGAGCAAGAUGAUUCUUCAUUGUCUGCAUUGGUUAGUCCAAGGCACUCGAAGAUCGUUGAUCGAUGGGCGACAAGACAGGCUCAAGAAGUGGUGACAAAUCUUGGAAAAAAGAAUAAUGAGGAUGCAGUUAAGGUGUUUGAUAAAUUUUCUACAAGAUCAUCAAGUUUCAAUUAUAGGAGAGGCAGAGAAGAUUCUGUUUCGCCUCCUCGUUCUGAUGGGUCGUCUGAUAGCGAAAAAGCAUCGGGCCUUGGUGCUUCUUCCCUUGUUAGGAUUUGGGAAAAAAGGCUCAACAACCAAUCCAAUUGCACAAAACAAAAUGUACCAUUAGCCGGAAGAACUAAUUCGGAUUCGAGCUGUAAUGACACUAAUGCAUGUUCUGUGGAAGAUCAUGGUAGGGUAUCAGAAGAAGAGGAUUCCUCCGAUGAACCAUUUACAUGUUGGGAAUAUGAUAAAACAAAAGUUAGUACUGAUCAAAAUUGUUUACCAAAAGUGAAAUGUAAUUCAGAUGCUGUUGAAAGUGAGAAGAGCAAGGUUGCUGAUAUUAUAAAGAGACUCUAUGUUGACAAUGAUCAAGAGUUAAGUAAUGGUGCGGCAAGUUCUCCAUUUAGAGAGCGUGAUUGUGUUUCCACACCGAAACAAUUAAUGGAACAUAAAAGUUUUGGCAAGGUCAGAAGCCACCCACGUAUUAGGGGGCGCCAAGCAUUCAAUGAUUUGAUGACGCAUUUUGAGUGUGAUCGACAUGGAGAGCUCAACAAUCUUGCAGAACGAGGCGCGGUUUCUAAGUUCACACAAAGAGGUCGUAUUCAGUCAUUGCUUCGACUUAGAUUAUUACAACGUGGAGUAGCAGUUUUUGAUCCAUCUCGCCCGAAAUCAACAAGACAUGGAGGGAAUAAACAUCAACAAGGAUCAACAGGACAUGAAGGGAAUAAACAACAGCAAGGAUCAGUAAUUAUGCAACUAAGGGAAAGAUUUGACACAAGAGAUGAACGGAGAAUUUCAUCCCUGAAAGAAGUCACUGUCAUCCAUUGUAAGAAACAUACACAAAAUCCUGUGUCUCAAACUAAUGCAGGUGUAAAAGAAGAAGAGCAUCUAAGUUGUGGUUUUGAAGCUCAAAAUGAUGAUCCAAAAGAAACUGUUGAGGAAUCUUCAUCAAAGGUUGAUUCAAAUGCAAAUGAAAUGGUUGAUGAAGUAGAGGCAAGAGACCAACAAUUAUAUGAUACUAUUGAAACCGACUACAACGAGAUAUUAGAAGAGAAAGAGUGUAGUGAGUAUAAUUAUGAUGAAACUAGCGCAAGUUAUGACUGGAUCAGUUCUAUUUCUCGGCCUAAAAGCUAUUGGGAGGAACUCAGGCAAGAAUGGUAUAGGGAAGUUCUUGACUUUGGUUCAGGCAAUGAUGAGAGACGCGAACUUCUUCAAAGAAAAACAGUUUCAACUGUCCUUUGUAGCGAUUUUCGAGAAAGGAUGGAUAAAUUGAUGAAGUCUCACGUGGGAACACAAACACACUUAGUCAGUAAUCAACACGACGAGGAAGAUCCAGAAGAGAGUAUGGAAAAAUUGAUGGCAUUUUAUUAUGAUCGCUUGCGCGUUAGAGGCAGUCCCGAAGAAGAUGGAAAAGAUAGAAACGAAAAAGAAGUGUCAGAGGAAGAUGAAUGCAUCAAUAGCGGUUCAGAUCAUGAACUUGGUGAUUGUCAUAGUGGUUCAGAUCAUGAACUUGGUGAUUGUUCACCAUCAAUACAUACACCAUCAUCAACAACAUGGAGUUAUAGAGACACUGACGGCGGGGAUGAUUCUGCUAGAGCUGCAUUUGUAUCUUCACCAUUGCAUUCUCAACCUUUCUAUCCAGAUAGUAGGCUAUCUUCACCCGCAAAUCAGCCUUCAAUUGAAAUGGAAAUCAUAUACCAUUUGCGAGGGCAAAUGGAACUACUUUAUCAAGAGAUGUCCGAGCUAAGGAAAACACUAAAAAACUGUACAGACAUGCAGAUGCAAAUGCAAUUACAACAAUCCCAGAAUCAAGCAGUUCACAAAGUUAAAGGAAAGAAAAGCAGUAACAAGAAAUCAAAGAAAGGAAAUUGUUGCAUUUGCAAUGAAAAUAAAGUAAACUCAGUUUUAUACAGAUGUGGUCACAUGUGUGCAUGUCUCAAAUGUGCCAAAGAGUUGCAAUGGAAAAGUGGAAAAUGUCCAAUAUGUCAAGUUGAAAUAAUAGAUGUUGUCAAAGUACAUACUAACACAUAAUCUUUACAUAAUGGACAGAGUCUAUAGCUAUAGAGGAUUAAGUCCUCAAAUUUGGUAAAUUGAAAGAAAGGAAUUUACCAUUUUCUAUUGAAAAGAAGAGAAUUGAAAAGAAGAGGAUCAAGUCCUUUUAAUUGAGAGAGUAUGUAAACUUGUUCUUACCUCUCAACAUCUUUUUUUAUUUUCUUCCAAAUUCAAACACUCAUUUUUAGUUUCAAUAAUCUAUUUUAACCCUAAUUAACCAAUACUUUAUUAGGUUCUCAAUGGAUUUGAAAGAAGCCAUGUUGUGUAAUAUUAAUAGAAUGGUGAAAUUGUGAUUUCUCCUAUGACAUUAUCAUAUGUAAUUGGUGUUUUUCUAAGGAGAAAUAUACGAGGAUUUUGUCCACGUGUGAUUUAUGUUUAUUCCAUAGUUUCUAAAAUCAAAUGUUCCAUUAACAUAAGUCAGAAAAAUAUGUUCUAUUAACAAGGCAAAUGCUUUGUGCACAACCCAAAAAUGCUCUCCUGCACUAUGUUUUAAGACCAAGUCAUAUGAAAAUUAGUUUAUUUGUUU